AUGACCAUGAGAGAAAUUGUCCACUUACAAACUGGCCAAUGCGGCAACCAGAUAGGAGCAAAAUUUUGGGAAGUUAUUUCAGAUGAACAUGGUAUUGACCACUCCGGUACAUAUGUUGGAGAUACUGACCUUCAAUUAGAAAGAAUAUCUGUAUACUAUAAUGAAGCUGGUGGUGGAAAAUAUGUUCCACGAGCUGUUCUUGUUGACCUCGAACCUGGUACUAUGGAUUCUGUUCGAGCUGGUCCUUUCGGUCAACUAUUUCGUCCAGACAACUUUGUAUUUGGUCAAAGUGGUGCCGGUAAUAACUGGGCUAAGGGUCAUUACACCGAAGGAGCCGAACUUGUUGACUCUGUAUUAGACGUUGUCCGUAAAGAAGCAGAAUCUUGUGAUUGUUUACAAGGUUUUCAAAUCACUCACUCACUUGGGGGUGGUACCGGUGCUGGUAUGGGUACUUUACUCAUCUCAAAAAUCCGAGAAGAAUACCCUGACCGUAUGAUGUGUACAUUCUCCGUUGUACCAUCACCAAAGGUGUCAGAUACAGUUGUUGAACCAUAUAACGCCACACUUUCUGUACAUCAAUUGGUUGAAAAUUCAGAUGAAACCUUUUGUAUUGAUAAUGAAGCUUUGUACGAUAUUUGCUUCCGUACAUUAAAAUUGAGUACACCAACAUACGGUGAUCUUAACCAUCUAGUAUCUGCUGUUAUGAGCGGUAUCACGACAUGUUUACGUUUCCCUGGUCAAUUAAACGCUGAUUUAAGAAAAUUAGCAGUUAAUAUGGUACCUUUCCCUCGUCUUCAUUUCUUUAUGGUUGGAUUUGCUCCAUUAACCUCUCGAGGAUCUCAAGGAUAUCGUGCCUUAACUGUUCCUGAAUUGACUCAACAAAUGUUUGAUGCUAAGAACAUGAUGGCAGCAUCAGACCCUCGUCACGGUAGAUAUUUAACUGUUGCAGCAAUGUUCCGUGGUCGUUGUUCCAUGAAAGAAGUUGAUGAUCAAAUGUUGGCUGUACAAACAAAGAAUAGUUCAUACUUUGUCGAAUGGAUCCCCAAUAACGUUAAGACUGCUGUAUGUGACAUUCCACCAAAGGGACUUAAGAUGUCAGUUACAUUUAUUGGAAAUUCUACUUCUAUUCAAGAAUUGUUCAAACGUAUUAGCGAUCAAUUCACUGCUAUGUUCCGACGUAAGGCUUUCUUACAUUGGUAUACUGGAGAGGGUAUGGAUGAAAUGGAAUUCACUGAAGCUGAAUCAAAUAUGAAUGAUUUGGUGUCCGA